AUGGAGCGAGAAAGGAGAGUCAAUAAUAAUGGGCCAAUAAAAGAAGUAAACACGCAGCUAUCUAUACUUCUUCUCCCCUCUCCUCAUCCCCACGCAAUUAUGUUGACAGCGUUCCGCGAUCAGAGCAGAGCUUCCAGAGCAGACCAUGAAGAGACUAAAAGAGGACGGGAGACAAAUAAAAAGAUCAACCAACAACUUCAGAAGGACAAGCAGGUCUACCGGGCGACUCAUCGCCUACUACUAUUGGUUAACAACCUAGCUCCAGCCUGGUGA